CAACAAUACCUUUGAGGCUUCACCGUUCAAUACCUCAUUCAUUCAUUCUAAUGUGUGCAACUGGCUGCCUUCAACUGCGAUAUCCCUAAAACGAUUUUGGAUUCGAAGACGAACUCUAUCGAAUCCUAAAUAUCGGCAUACAUUGGACUCUCAUACUUCCCCUGUCUUGUUUAGCCCUUAAUCCCAACUGGUAAUCGCUUCAGGCGAUUGCCCGUAAUGUUCCAGGGCUGUCUUUGUUCAGGGUUUUGUUUGCUGGGAUUUGAUCCUGAUCGGAUAUCGACGGAAACUAAUUUGUUUGUAGGUACACUUUGAUUUUGACAUGGCUCCAGGGCGUAGAAAACCCGCAAAAGGUUUAAAAUCGAAGAAUGACUUGCUCGUUGGGGAUUUGGUAUUAGCAAAGGUCAAAGGCUACCCUCCUUGGCCUGCCGAGAUUAGUAGGCCAGAAGAUUGGGAGAAAGUUGCUGACCCCAAGAAGUUUUUUGUUCGCUUCUUUGGCACAGAUGAAAUUGGUUAUGUUGCCCCACCAGAUAUUCAACCAUUAACUAGUGAAGCAAAGAGUAAACUCUUGGCUAAAUCCUCAAGCAAAAAAGUUAAAUUUUAUGGCCUAGCGGUAAAGCAAAUCUGCGAAGCAUUUGAUGAGUUGCAGCAAAGGAAGAGAAAGGAUCAAUCUGAUAGGUCAUGCCGUGGAACUGGGGCUCCAUCUAAUGAAGAUGUAGAAUCUGAUGCUGAGGUGGAUGAAAGAAAAGACACAUUUCGAGGAAAUGGAUUGAGUCAAGAGACAAACUCUAGGUUGGAGCAUAGUUCACCGAAGCAAGAUGCAGUGGGAUUUGAGCAAGUAAUAUCUAAAGAUGUAAGCUGUCUUCCACAUAUUAUGCAUUCUGAUACUAAGAAAGAUGUGUCAGGAAGUAGUGCUGAAUCAACAGAGGAGUUAGUGGCAAGUUCCAUUAAUCCUCUUGAUAAUAAUGGACAAGUUUGCAAUAAUGAAAAAACUUUAGUUGGUUUUAUUCACCCCAAGAUCUCCAAUGUAGCAGAGUCAGCUGAAGGCUUGUCUCUUGGUAAGAGUGUUAGCCCAAUUAAUAUAGAGGAAAACCAUUCUGGCGAAAAUCUUCUGACCCAAAAGGGUGGUUGUUCAUCUUUACCGGUCUCUUCUUGUGCCACAUAUUCCAAUGGUGAGAAGAUGGAAAUUAUUAAUAGACAUCAGUCACAUAAAGUAGCUACUACGGGGUUGAAGAGGAAAUCUGAUAAUGAUCCUGAAACACAUAUACAGGUCUCCUCUGCUACGACACCAUCAAAAAACGAAAAUCCCAACAGUGAAGCUGGAUUUCCUAAACUGGUUGAUGAUGUAAGAGAGACGGGGCAAACAAAAUUCUGUAAAUUGGGGAAGGAAUCAAACAAAGAUAUCAAAUCUGAUUUGGAUGUCACUGGUGGACAAAGAUCAAAAAGACUGCCUGGUAAGAACCAUAGAGAGGCAUCAGUUAGAAUGGAGAAGGUUGUUGAAUCCCGCUACAAGGAUUACUCGGAGUGUGAAGCUUCUGAGUUAAAGAAUAGACCUCGUCUUGGAUGCAGAAAGAAGAAUAUGGAGUCAGACAAAGUGACACUGUCUCCUCCUUCAAAAAGGGUUAAAAAGGGGGUUUUGGAGGGUGAUGCUAAUGAAUCAACAUCCGUAAUAAACAAGAAGAAUGUCUUUAGAAGUUCUGUUUUUUCCAGAAAGAAGGUAGGGGACAAGACAUUAUCAGGCAGUAUGAGGACUGAUAAUCACGCAGUGACCAGACCUCGGAUAAAUAACACAUCAUCUGAUAUUGCUUGUGAAGAAGAUGCUUUACUGCAAACUAAGCACCAUGGCCAGGCAAUGGUGGUCAUGACCGACUCCACCUUCACUAAUGUUGACAGUAGAAUAGAAACACAUGGUGUUAAGAGUAUGACGUCACAAGUUAAUAGAGAUAGAACUCCUGUUAAUCUGUUGCCCACCAAGCGAAGGGUGGUCCGCUUGUUGGAUGAUGAUGAUGAAGGUUCACCUAAAACUCCUGUUCAUGGAGGCGCUGCUAGAAAGGCUUCUUCCUUAUCAUGCUCUGAAUUCGAUAGAACCAACAAAGAACAAAGUCAGAUUUGUGUUGAUGAAUCUGCUCUGGAGGAUUUGGGUAGAACUGAAGAUGGUCCUCUUAAGGAAUGCUUGCCUAGUCGCGACCACACUCUGGAGAUGACACCUAAAAAUGCAGAUUCUGGGCAUGCAAUCAUUUCUGUAGGAGAAUCAGAACAUAGCAGAUUAUCAUCUAAGAAAGCUAGAAUAACUAAAACUCCACCUAAAAUGCUAUCUUCAUCUGAUUUAAUGGGCAAGCCAGUGACAGAACCGAAGAAGGCCGUCCGGGCUUCAGUUAUUGCAUGUAGCAAGAGUGCUCAGAAGAAACAAAAGAUUGAAUUGGAUAGGAGAACUGGCUCAGUUUCUGAUGACUUUAAAAAAUCUCAAAGUCAAUUGAUCAUGGACAAGAGCAAGCCUCAUUUUCUUGGAGAAACUUCAACUAGUUCUCCAAGGUCUAGUUUCCAAAUUAAUAGUUCUGAUACUCUUAAAGGAAACACAAGGGACGAUCUCUCUAUUCAUCAUGAAAGAGAUGGAAAGACUAGUAUGCCAGUUGAAGGGAGAUUGUUGGACAUGGAUAUGUCUAUGAAGCAUCUGAUUGCUGUUGCUCAGGCAAAAAGACAACAAACUCAAAUGCAAAAUCUUGACCAUGACAGUCUUGGACAAGUUGACGUGCCUGUUGGAAGCCCAGCCAAUUAUAUGCUGGGGCCGAAGAUGCAGGAACUUCAUCCUCGCACAUCUGUGUUUUCUGUACUUGCUCACGAAUUUCCAUCCGAUAAGCUUCCUGACAUAGCAGAAGCUGAGGCAAGUUCCAGUUCAGAGCACCAAUCUGCUGAGGGUCUAGCUAGUGCUAAUACUGAGGCUGCUGUUGCUCGUGACGCUUUUGAAGGAAUGCUCGAGACACUAUCAAGGACCAAAGAAAGCAUUGGACGUGCAACUCGUCUUGCAAUUGAUUGUGCAAAGCAUGGUGUUGCGAAUGAGAUUGUAGAACUACUCAUCCAAAAAUUGGAGACCGGAUCUGGUUUCCGCAGGAAAGUGGAUCUAUUCUUUCUGGUGGAUUCAAUUACCCAGUUUUCGCACAGUCAUAGAGGUAUUGCUGGUGCCUCUUACGUUCCUGUAGUUGAAGCAGCAUUGGCACGGCUUGUAAGAGCAGUUGCUCCUUCAGGUGCUUCUGCUCGUGAAAACCGUCGUCAAUGUCUUAAGGUUUUAAAGUUGUGGAUUGAGAGAAAGAUUUUUCCUGAGUCUCUUUUGCAACGCUAUAUAGAUGAUGUUGGAGGACUAACAGAUUAUUCUUGUGCCGGUUUGCUCAUUAAACGCCCAUCUCUAUGUGAGCGAUCAGUGGAUGAUCCAAUCAGAGACAUGGAAGGGAUGCUUAUUGAUGAGUAUGGAAGCAAUGCUUCAACGCAUGGCCUUGUCACCUUUCCAGCAUUCGAAGAAGACGAGGAAGAGGAUCUUCCAUUCAGUUCCCAUUAUCAAACAUGUGUUAGUUCACCUGUUGAACCAGUCCCACCUGCAGGGGAGUCUAAAAUUUGUAUAGUUACUCCAAAUGAUAGACACCACCGGACCUUAGAAGAUGUGGACGGUGAACUUGAAAUGGAAGAUGUAUCAGGACACUCAGAGGAUGCUGCAGAUCACUUGCUUGAUCUUUCCCCACAUCAAGACAAUUCAUAUAGGACCUUGAAAGUUGCUUCAGUCAAGUUUGAUGCUUUUGAUGCUUUAUUAAAUGGUUCUCCACCGUUACCUCAAGAGUCUCCUCCUCCAACACCACCUUUGCCUCUAUCACCCCCUCCGCCUUCGCCUCCGAUACCUCCAUCAACAUCACCCCCACCCCCGCUUCCACCUCUUCCAUCCUCUCCUUACCCAAAUCAUCAACCGCCUCCAGGUCCUCCACCAUUAUUUCUAUCUCAAUUGCCAUUCCAACCCGAGCCUUCAUCAGCUGGACAACAGUUUAAUCAACAUUCUGCUUCAAAUGAGUGCUAUAGUGCUCCAGGAGGGAGCCAGUUUGUCCAAAUGUCGAUGCAAGCUCCUGUGGAGGUUCAUGUUGAUGCCCCACAGCAGCAAUGGUUUGGUUCCUUGAGGACGUCAGAAUACGCAAACCAUGACGCAUAUUUUCAACCCCAAGCUUCAUAUUCCAUCCAGCCAUAUCAACCUAAUAAUGCCCCUUUUAUGCAACAAACUUACCAUCCUGGCCUUCCUCCAUAUUCCCAGCCCAGUAAUUUCUCAUAUCCAGCACCAGUCAUUCAACAGCAGUCCUUUCUGCCUCCACACUUAUCAUCAAAUCCUCCAGAUUGCAUGAGACAAUAUGGCAGUGAUGAUAAGUGGAGGAUGAUGAAAGGUGAGCCCAGUGCACAAAAUCAGUGUGGUGUAUGGAUGCCAGAAAUGAGACCUCCGUCAUGCUCUGUACAAGGUUAUGGGAUUUCUCAUGCGAUGCCUAGUAGACAUGAUAUGCUGUCCCAUAAUGGUUGGAAACCUGCAUAGUACAUAUUCAACAUUUUUUUAUUUGUUUGAGAAGAGAGCCCUUUUGUGAACUUUAACAAUUUAAAUGGAGAUAUGAGACAGUUGUGCAGACCCUUGACAGUAGUAUGUUGUAAUUUCUCCUGGCAAAAUGUCCAAUGCAAAGAUGUUACAUGUGAUGGGAAAUGGAUCUUGCUUUGUUGUUGAGAUUUGGCUUAAUCUGAGGAAUGAGGUUCAAUCAUCUUAAGAAGAAUUUUGAGGUAAAUACAUCAUAGAGAGACAAUAGACUUGUAAAAGAAACCAUUUCUAAAAGUAAUUGAUACAAUUUUUUUUUUCUUAGAAUUAUAUGAUGUUAUCUAUAUUUGA